CGGUUGUUUGUAGACUAAAUAGUGACAUGGGCAGCUUUAGUGGAUGAGACAUAUGUAGCGUGUAGAGUUUGGACACACCCGAGAUUUAUAAACGUAUCGUUGAGAUUACGUAAUGCUGACAUUAACUCCUCGCUCUUUUGAGUGAUUUGUUAUUAAGAUGUUAACAGUGCAAAGGGUUGUCUUAUCCUCCCGGCCAGGCAGAAAUGGCCAUCCCUCUCCUGAUAACUUCCGCGUGGAGGAGACGAGUUUGUCCACUGAGCUGAAACAGGGAGAAGUCCUGGUCAGGACCUUGUACCUGUCUGUUGAUCCUUACAUGCGUUGUCGUAUGAAUGACGAUACGGGUGCUGAUUAUCUUCUACCUUGGAGACUGGAAGAGUCUAUCGAUGGAGGUGGGGUCGGCGUGGUGGAGGCCAGUAAGAACGCACACCUGGCCGUCGGUGACAUUGUCACCUCCUUCAACUGGCAUUGGCAAACCCAUGAUGUGAUUCAUGGUAACUGUGUACAGAAGGUUGACCCCAGGAUGGUUGAUGGCCACUUGUCAUAUGCUCUGGGUGCAGUAGGCAUGCCUGGACUCACUGCUCUGCUUGGCGUGAGAGAGAAAGGACAUGUAACCCCGGGAGCUGGACAGACCAUGGUGGUCAGUGGAGCAUCUGGAGCUUGUGGGUCUCUCGCUGGACAGAUUGGCAGAUUGGAUGGCUGUGAAAGAGUGGUUGGAAUUUGUGGAUCAGACGAGAAGUGCCAGAUUCUAGUUUCGCAGCUCGGUUUCACAGCAGCCGUGAAUUACAAGAAGGAGGACAUCUCAGGAGCACUGAGGGACAGUUGUCCCAAUGGAGUGGACAUCUACUUUGACAACGUUGGAGGUCCUAUUAGUGACACAGUCAUAUCACAGAUGAACAGCGGCAGUCACGUGAUCUUGUGUGGGCAGAUCUCUCAGUAUAAUAAAGACCUGCCCUACCCACCUCCGCUGAGCGAGGAGACUCAAGAAGCUCUGCGCCGCAAAAACAUCACCAGGGACAGAUUUAUGGUUCUGAAUUACAUGGAUAAACAUAAAGAAGGCCUGGAAGAGCUGAGUCACUGGGUGAAGACUGGCCAAAUGAAAGUGUUAGAAACCGUAGCAAAUGGAAUAGAAAACAUGGGUGUGGCUUUUUGCUCCAUGAUGACUGGAGGCAACGUCGGGAAACAAAUUGUUAAAAUCUCAGACUGAGCAACACAUCAACAGCAGAGUGUGCUGUCCUAUCAACCCCCCUAACAAAAGAAGCAGUGUGGUUUUAAUUACUUUCACUUGUAAUUAUAAUAUAGUAUAGUGUACAUGUGUACAGGAAGUGUUAAAUUAUAUUAAUAUAUGCUAUCUUAGGUUUGUAAACCUGUGAUAUGUGCCUAAACAGCCUAAAAAGGUAGAUUGUGAUUUUUCUUUUUCUAAUGACGUCUAAUACUUUUCAUGACGUGGGACUGUAUGCUGGAUGUUGUCUUGACUAUGGUUCACAUACAGGUCAUGUCUUCUUGAAGAGCAAUUGAGUCUUUCUGCCUGGAAAACACAUCACUAAAAAGUUGUUUUUUUCCCCCGGAUCAUAGUAAAUGGCUGUUUAUACUGUACCUCAAGGGUACCUUUUAUGAAUUGACUGGAUUUACAGCAAUUACCAUGGCUAAGUUAUGGCACAUAAUUUACAGUACUACAAGUAUUUAAAAGUAUACACCUUAUAAAUUUGUAUAUAACCAGUGCCUUUGCUGGGAAAGUUUCAUGCAGCUGUAAUGCCAAAAUCACAUGGACACAUCUUCUAAUUUCAUGGUCUUCUGAUUUUAAUUUCUUUUACCACUGUAAAACAAUGCUGAAGGCAUCCAAAAUAUGCAAUAAUCUACUUUAAACAGUUGAUGUUGAGAUGUGUCUGCUUUUUAUGCUCUGUAAAUCCUUCUUAAGAUGUGCUGUUAAUUAGUGCUUUCUGAGGCUUGUGACUAUAAAUGAACUUCUCCUCUGCAGCAGAGGUGCAGUAUGUUUUGGGCUUUCUUUCCUGGAAUGGUCUUCAAAAGAUCCAUUUUCAUUAUGGUGUAUGAAAGGAUUUGCAAAUGAACUUGACAAUACUGUUCUUACAAGAACAAUUCCAGAACAGCUGAUCCUUAAAAUAACAACUGACAAUGCAAUGAAUUCAAACUUGUGGGCUUUUUUUUUUUGGUUUAUUUUGUCAGAAAGGUAAUAUGUCUAAGGACAAAUGAUCUUUUAACAUCACUUGCAUUCUGAUUGAGCAGGGAGCACUACAACUUGCUCACCUACAGUACUAGUGUGUCAAUUUCCCACUAGUGAGCAGUGGUCUAGCACUCAAGGAAGUUCAGAUUUGUACCACAUACAAAGAAAAUGGUCAUAAACAACAGUGAUAAAAACAAUAAAAAUCAAUAUGCAUAAAGUAAAUAUAAAAGUAUAUUAUUUCAAACCUUGUUUUUUUUUUCAAGUAAUGUCGCUUCACCAUAACUGUUUAAUUAACAUAAAUUGAGAUACAUAUUGUAAUGAACCCAAAAUCCAAAACAGUUGCAACCCUUCACAUUGUUGAGAGAUAAUCCAGAGCAGCCUAAUAUUAACAUCUUCACAUUCCUAAAACAAGAGUUUCUUAACUGACCUGCAGGUAAUUAAAUGCAAAUCAACAAAACAACCACAGAA